AUGGUCAAGACUUCCGUCCUCAACGAUGCGCUCAACGCCAUCAACAACGCUGAGAAGGCUGGCAAGCGCCAGGUCCUGAUCCGUCCUUCCUCCAAGGUCAUCGUCAAGUUCCUCACUGUCAUGCAGCGUCACGGUUACAUUGGCGAAUUCGAGGAGGUCGACGACCACCGCAACGGCAAGAUCGUCAUCCAGCUCAACGGCCGCAUCAACAAGACCGGUGUCAUCUCUCCCCGCUACAACGUCCAGCUCCGCGACAUGGAGAAGUGGGUCGUCAAGCUACUUCCCUCGCGUCAAUUCGGUUACAUCGUCCUGACCACCUCCGCUGGUAUCAUGGACCACGAGGAGGCCCGCAGGAAGCACGUUGCUGGCAAGAUCCUUGGUUUCUUCUACUAG